AUGUCAUCCACACAACCCCAAGUCAAAAUCCUCGAGUUGUCACAAGAAGAGUUGGCAUGUAAGAAGCUGAGCUCCCAUACUUUGCAAGCUGCAGUCGAAGCACUCCAUCUUGAUGGCCUGGUCGUGCUGAAGAAUGCAGUCGAUGUGGCUCACUUGGAUAAGCUGAAUGAGCGCAUGGUAGCCGAAGCCAAGGUCUUGUACAAGCAGAAAACGACCGCUCGCAAUUUCGGCGCAUCAACAGGCAACAUCCAGCAGGAGCCGCCGGUCGACAAGGACUAUAUCUUUGAAGACAUAAUCGCGAACCCAUGGGCUACGGAGGUUGUGGAAUGCAUGUUUGGACCAAAUCCCAUGCUACGUUUCUUCAGCGCGAACACGGCCUUCAAAGCCAAAGGUCGUCAGCCGGUCCAUAUCGACGUCGACUUUGACAUGCCGAAGGUACCUUUUGGCUAUUGCAUCAAUAUUAACCUUGUCGAUACGUCGCCCAACAACGGUUCGACUGAGAUCUGGCUGGGCACUCAUACUCAGACAGACAUAGAUGUGCUGGACCCAGAUGAGUAUCGUGUACGACCAGACCUCACUGAGGCAAGGCGUAAGAUAAGCCCGCCUAUACAGCCCACACUACCCAAAGGAUCGUUGAUCGUUCGAGACUUUCGACUUUGGCACGCUGGGAUGCCGAACCAGACAGACGAGCCUCGAGUGAUGGUUGUGACAGUGCAAUUCCCAAAGUGGUACCGAAAUGACACCAAAGUGAUACUUCCAAGAAGUCUCGAGGGAAAGAUCAACUGGGGAGGACUGGUACCUUGUGUUGACUGGGUGGAAGAUGGUUACGAUUACCUGAAGGGAGCGCAUACCCAUGACUUUUCUCUCAAGCCUUGA